AUGUUCUCUUCAUAUUCUCUAUGCAAAUGCCUCGUUUCUUUCCAUAUAUUGGCUAUACAAGUCCUCAUAAGCUGUGCGUCUUCCUUGAAUCUUACUAAUGAGUAUCUGAACCACAAAUGUCGCGUGAUCAAGGAAAAUACCAACCAGGAAGUGAGUACGAGAAAGAACUCAACACUCUCAGCCGUAGAGUUGCUACCCUUGACUUUACAGAUGGUUUCACACACCGGUCCAAUAGUAGAGAUACCAAAUCUGUCACCAUCAUAUUCCAAUGUCGCGGUGACUCUUACAGGUCCAAGUGCAACUCCUGCUAUGCUACCGCCCUCGCCGGGGUGUCCGAGAAACAAAGGUGGAAUAAUAUGGUAUGACCAAUGUUUUCUCGAUGUUAGUAUGAUUAAUGACAAUUCCCCAAGACGGAUGAACUACGAUAAUAUUUUUUCUAUGCACAACCCAAACAACGUGAGAGGGAAUGUAAACUCAUUCAACAAAAAGACGACUGAAUUCCUCUACAAACUGAUUGGAAAAGCUGAUAGACUCGACGUGGACGGGAUCAACUUUCUAUAUUACGCGGCAGGGGAAAUGAGGCUUGGGAAGCAAACAUUGUUUGCAAUGGUGCAAUGUGCGAAGGACAUAUUGAGUUGUAAGGAUUGUUUGGAAUGGAGUAUCAAGGAGCUUUCUAAGUGCUGUGAUGGUAAACAAGGAGCGAGAGUUGUAGGUACAAUUUGUAAUCUUAGGUAUGAGCUAUACCCUUUUCUUAGGACUUAA